AGAUGAAUAACAGGCUCUGAAAACUACUUAUACUCGGCAAACCAAAACAAUUUUUGGCCUUGCUAGAGUAAAUAUCUUUGUUUUGACAGUUAAGUAUUUUAUCUGUUCUUCUGUUCAACAAAACCUGACAACAGACAUGUAAAUAAACACUAAUAAACAGCAAAAUAGUAUGUAAACCCAAAAUAUUCAGUUUCUAUUUGUGAUUCAGUUGAUUAAAUUUAUCUAACGAUCACUUAGAUAACAUAUUUAAUUUUUGAGUCACAGGUUAUUGAUUAAUUUAGUCCUACAUGAGCUUACACUUGGAAGAAGUAAACGAAACUCAGCAACUUAUGCAUAAUGAGGGUGAAGAAGAUGAACACAAGGUACCGCAGGUUGCGACGUCUCCAGUUACGAGCAAUAAAUUAUCGAGUGGUGCCGCCAGCCUUACUUCAAAAAAUCUGGGACAAACAACGUCUGGCAUUGGCAAUAGUAGUGUAAAUGAAUCAACUAAGAUUUCUUAUGUCAGUGAGAAACGACUGAACAGAGAUAAUAACAUGAUGCGUUCUACUACAAAAGCAAAAAAUAUGCCUAAAGAAGCUCCUGAUGUUAAAAAUAUGGAAAAGGCUCUACUUGAACUACUCGAUGAUUUUCAUACAGGAAAGUUAAGUGCCUUUGGUACUGGGGAUAGCAUGGAGCAAAUGAUAAAUAUCAGAGAUCAACAGGAACAUUUGGCGCGUUUACAUUUUCGACUCUGUGCCGAUGUGGAGAAACCUACAGAAGACAGUUUUGAGAAUUCUGCAUCUCGAGACAAAAUGGCACAGCUUGUACAAAGUUUGGAGCAACUAUCAACAUCUAUAGAACAUUUACAUUCUGAUGGCAAUAUCAGUGAAAAACAAUGAGAUAUUAAAUUUGACCCCCUCUCUUUGAUCUUUUAGUAAUAAUAGAAAUAAAUAAAUUAUAUUAAUAUCUAAUAAUAUUAAAAGCUUGUAUGAUACUGUGCUAUUAUAGUCUAUUUUAGUAAUGUUUACAGAUAACAGAUCAUGAUGAUGAUGAUGA